AUGGAUCUCAUAAAAUCAACCAAAAAAUGUAACAUAAUUGCAAUACCAUACCCAGGCAGAGGCCACAUCAACCCCUUGAUGAACUUCUGCAAGCAGCUUAUAUCCACUGCCCAACCCAACAACAACAUUCAGAUCACCGUCGUGGUCACCGAAGAGUGGCAAGAACUCCUCAGCCCCGAUCCCGUACCGGAAACCAUGCGAUUCGUCGCAAUCCCGAAUGUUCUUCCUCUGGAGGGAAGCAGAGGGAAAUCUUUCCAGGCUUUCGUUGAAGCCAUAUUGACGAAAAUGGAACCAGCAGUUGACUCUCUCUUGGACCGAUUAGAAAUCCCUGAUCCCAGUAUUAUACUCUCGGAUGCGUACUUGAGAUGGGCUUUGAAGAUCGGAAGACGGAGGAAUAUUCCGGUGGCUCCCUUUUGGACAGUUUCAGCCACCAUGUACUCAAUUUUUCAUCACUUUGACCUCCUCCUCCAGAACGGACAUUUUCAGGCCAUUCCAACAGGAGCAGAGUGGGGGGAGAAGGUGGUGGACUACAUUCCGGGAUUAGCGCCGAUUUGCCUGGCAGACUUUCCACCGCAAAUCCAUGGCGCAGGGCCGGAAAUACUCGCCGUUACGUUAGAUGUCAUUAAAUCAAUCCCGGUUGAAGCAAAGUGUCUUCUGUUUACUUCAUAUUAUGAGCUUGAAUCUUCAGCAAUUGACGCUUUGAAAGCCAAAUUCCCCAUCCCAAUCUACACUAUCGGCCCGGCUAUACCUUAUUGGACCCUGAAAGAGGAUAAUUCUUCCAGCGAUGUUGUUGACUAUUCCGGGUGGCUAAAUUCUCAACCAAAAUCCUCUGUUUUGUACAUUUCAUUUGGAACCUACAUUUCUGUAUCCAGCCUACAGAUUGAUGAAAUAGCUGCCGGAAUAGUUGACAGUGGUGUUAGAUUUUUCUGGGUCAUUAGGGAAGAUGUUUCCCGAUGGGAAAUGGGAAAAGAUAACAGAGGGCUAAUCGUGCCUUGGUGUGACCAAAUCAAAGUGCUCUGCCACCCUUCAAUCGGCGGAUUCUGGUCGCAUUGCGGGUGGAAUUCGACUAAAGAAGGUGCGUUUUCUGGGGUUCCCAUGCUUACUUUUCCAUUGAAGUGGGAUCAGUACCCCAACAGCAAGCAUAUUGUGGAAGAUUGGAAGAUGGGCCAGAGGUUGAAGAAAAGUGAUGGAAGUUUUGUUUCGAGGGAAGAAAUUUCAGGGGUUUUGAGAAAGUUCAUGGAUUUGGACUGGGAUGAAGGUAAAGAGAUGAGAAGAAGAGCCCAAGAGGUGAAGGAGAUUUGUCGGAGAGCAAUUGCAGAAGGUGGAUCUUCUCAACUGCAAAUUGAGGCGUUCUUUACUGAAAUCCAUGGGUUUUCACCUCAAAACCAAUUGGCCAUGAGGGGAGUAGACCAUUUACUUUUAUAUUGA